CUGUAGCCGAUCGAACGAUUUUCGUAGCUACGCCCUUGAGCGCUACGCUCUACACCUACCCCCACGGCUGUACAGUGUUCGCAGCCGGACACCUCCUCUUCCACUCCGUCCGGCUGCUGUAAAGUCUGAAACCGAAAAAAAUUUAUAAAAAAAAAAUUAAAAACUCCCUCCCCGAAGUCCAUUCGUCGUUUUCUUUUUAUCCGUUAUUUUUUCACCGGGUAAACGCGAAACAAAACGGUUUAACGUUGGCCAACGGAUGUCCGUUGUUGUCAGUUAUUGCUGGGAAACGUAUCUGUCCACCGGCAGAGGGUGCUGUUGGACGGUCACAAUACUCUCUGCACACGUCGCAAUGCAUUUAUUUAAGUCAAUCAUCACAUACGUUUGUAGUGGUAGUCGUUUAUUAUCAUUUCCCUGGGCGCGCGGUCAUUUGUCGUGCCGUCGUCGUUUUUCGCGUCACCGCCACUCGGCCGCGGUCGACAAUUGAUCCGGACGCCGCGGGAACACGUCACGGCUUCUCUACGACAUCGGUACGUAACAAUAACACACAUAACCACAAUAACACACAACAACAACAACGACGACGACGACGACGACGACGACGACGACGACGACGACAAUAUUAUACGGUGACACGUGCACGGUACAACGAUUCCGGUGGUGGAAUUAGAUGGUAGACAAGCUGCAAUGGCAGAUGUGCAAAUGGAUAUUUACGAGGACAUGUUCAAAGAGAUUACGAAAAAAAUUUACGGACAAGACACAUCGUCGUCCGAGGACAGGCAGUUUGAUGGCCAAGACGCGUACAAAAUGGUAGAAGAGGGCCUGAGCAUGAUCGACAACGAUGAGGCUGAGUCGUUCGGCGAACCAUCGCAGCCCGAGGACGACCCUUGGGUGACCAGUGACGAAACGAUCUCGUGGACUACGUCGAAAAUUGGCAGCUACAACGUGGACAAGAAACUGUUCAAGUGUCAGGAGUGCGAUUCCAUGGGCCUUCUGUCUAGUGUGGCCGAACACUGGCUGGGCACGCACGCUGACGUCAAGGUGUUCCAGUGCCCACAGUGUCCGUACGCGAGCGCGUACACAAAGUGCAUCCGCUUGCAUUUGGCCCGACAACAUAACGUGGUGGCCGAACACGGGACGCAUCAACAGGCUGGCCGGAAAUCGUGGAAGGAGAGCCCGGUACUCGAAGAGGUCACCAGCUACCUGGGCCGGUUGAAGGCGGCGGCAGAUAAAGCGAUAGCUACCGCCGCCGCUGCCGCAGCGGCCGCUGCUGUAGCAGCAUCUGCCGAAUCGGAAGCCGCCGACGACGAAAUGCGACUGAACGCGGCCGACACGGAAACGCAGACCGCUCAGAAGCGGUUUAACUGUGCCCACUGUCCGUACGCCACCGACCGGCGGGACCUGUACACCAGACACGAGAACAUACACAAGGAAGACAAACCAUUCCAGUGCGACAUAUGUCAGAAGCAGUUCAACCGGGCAGACCACGUCAAGAAACACUACACACGCAUGCACAGAGAACACGAGUACUGCUUGAGCCGAGUGAAGCGCGACCCUUUCGGUAAGUCUGCAGCCGCGGCCGCGGCUCAUCAUCAACAUCACCUGCAGAGGGUGACGCUGUAUUCGGGCGACCCACCACCGCUGGAACCGGAGACGCAAAUCAUCGUGUCGCGGACAAUUGACGAACAACCACUGACCCCGGCACCGAUUAUUGCAGCUAACAAUCCUAUUGUAUUGGAAGAUCAACAACAACAGCAGCAACAGCAACAACAGCAACAGCAGACGGUCGUCAACAUCGCCGUGGUCAAUUUUAACGAACAGACCGGCACGCACACUAUACAAAUACCAAUACCAGCUAACCAGAUAAAACCGGUUAUGUUUGCGCCCGAUACCAUUUUGGCAGUGGACUCGGUGGUUCCGACGAAUACGGUGGGGAUGACCAAACCAAAGGGGAAGGGCAGCCGGAAAAACUUCGAGAAACGGUAUUGCUGCACGUUUUGCCCGUGGUCGGGCGUCGACAAUUGGUGUCUAAAACGGCACCUCAACACCCACAUGAAGCCCUACGAGUGCGUAUUCUGCGAGUACAAAGCGGCCCGAGCCGAACGGUUAGCUACCCACGUUUUCAAAGUGCACAGCAAACGAAUGUGCUGCCGUUGUUCGUACAUUGCUCAGGACCAAGACGACUUGUACGUCCAUCAGUCCGAAAACAAUCACAAAAGCGUAAGGUCUCGUCGAACCCAGACAUCGCCUAUCCCGUCGUCGCCUGAACAAUCCGAGGAGACUGCUGACAAAAAUGACGUAAUUGUCGUUUGGCCAAUGGCGGGCGUGACGGAUUCUCAGAGUUCUAUUCAAAUAUAAUGGUUAAUUAAAUCGAAGUGCCAAAACGAAUAUUAUUACCUAAUCGUAGUUACAGGGAUGAAAUAAACUAUCGACAGGCAUACAAUGUAUUAAACCUCAAUAGAGAUUAUUUAGGAUAAAUGCAUAGUCUUGAUAGUUGGUGUCCUACAGAUAUUUGCAUUGAUUAUUUUUUAAACGAUACAUAAUUGAUGAUAAUAAUAAACGACUCACAUAUUAAAUUUUAAUGACUUUUGGGAGAAAAAGUUCAAAAAAUUUUAAU